GCUUUUACAAUGGGAGCUGCAGAAGCAUAGGGAAGAAGCUGAAGAAAAAAAGGGGGCGUCUCCCCUUUAAAGACUUGAAAAGAUUGAGAGAGAAAGAGAGAGAGAGUCAAGAACAGUGAGUCAGAGAGAGUCUGUCUCUGCAAAAGGAGAACAUCUCUGCUUCACAGUGAUUUGCACUGGGAGAGAGGCAUCAAUUGGCUUCAGACCCAAGGGGGAGACUGGACCAGGUCACCCCGGUUAAGACUCAGUGAGCGUUGCCCCUCCCUCUCCCACCUCUCUCCACCCGGGAAUGUCUCGGCGAAAGCAGCGGAAACCUCAGCAGUUAAUCUCGGACUGCGAAGGUCCCAGCCUGUCUGAGAACGGUGAUGCUAGCGAGGAGGACCACCCCCAAGUCUGUGCCAAGUGCUGCGCACAAUUCACUGACCCAACUGAAUUCCUCGCCCACCAGAAGGCAUGUUCUACUGAGCCUCCUGUAAUGGUGAUAAUUGGGGGCCAGGAAAACCCCAACAACUCUUCAGCCUCCUCUGAACCACAGCUGGAGGGUCACAGUAGUCCCCAGGUCAUGGAUACAGAGCACAGCAAUCCCCCCGAUGGUGGCUCCUCUGUGCCCACAGAUCCCACCUGGGGCCCAGAGCGGAGAGGAGAGGAGUCUUCAGGGCAUUUCCUGGUCGCUGCCACAGGUACAGCGGCUGGGGGAGGCGGGGGCCUGAUCUUGGCCAGUCCCAAGCUGGGAGCAACCCCAUUACCUCCAGAAUCUACCCCUGCACCUCCUCCUCCACCACCUCCCCCUCCACCCCCAAGUAUAGGCAGCAGCCACUUGAACAUUCCCCUGAUCUUGGAAGAGCUCCGGGUGCUGCAGCAGCGGCAGAUCCACCAGAUGCAGAUGACGGAGCAAAUCUGCAGGCAGGUGCUCCUGCUUGGCUCCUUAGGCCAGACAGUGGGCACCCCUGCCAGUCCCUCAGAGCUACCUGGGACAGGGACAGCCUCUUCUACCAAGCCCCUGCUACCACUCUUUAGCCCCAUCAAGCCUGUCCAAACUGGCAAGACACUGGCAUCUUCUUCCACCUCCUCCUCCUCUUCCUCAGGGGCAGAAACACCCAAGCAGGCUUUCUUCCACCUUUACCACCCACUGGGAUCACAGCAUCCUUUCUCUGCUGGAGGGGUUGGGCGAAGCCACAAGCCCACUCCUGCCCCCUCCCCAGCCUUGCCAGGCAGCACAGAUCAGCUGAUUGCCUCACCUCAUCUGACAUUCCCGAGCACCACUGGACUCCUGGCAGCACAGUGUCUUGGGGCAGCCCGAGGCCUGGAGGCUGCUGCCUCCCCAGGGCUCCUAAAGCCAAAGAAUGGAAGUGGUGAGCUGGGCUUUGGAGAAGUGAUGGGUCCCUUGGAGAAGCCUGGUGGAAGGCACAAAUGCCGCUUCUGUGCCAAAGUAUUUGGCAGUGACAGUGCCCUGCAGAUCCAUCUUCGUUCCCACACGGGUGAGAGGCCCUAUAAGUGCAAUGUCUGUGGCAACCGCUUUACCACCCGCGGCAACCUCAAAGUUCAUUUUCACCGGCAUCGUGAGAAGUACCCGCACGUGCAGAUGAACCCACACCCUGUGCCAGAGCACCUAGACUAUGUCAUCACUGGCAGCGGCCUGCCUUAUGGUAUGUCCGUGCCACCAGAGAAGGCAGAGGAGGAGGCAGCCACUCCAGGUGGAGGUGUCGAACGCAAGCCUCUGGUGGCUUCCACUACAGCACUCAGUGCCACGGAGAGCCUGACGCUACUCUCCACUGGUGCAGGCACAGCCACAGCUCCGGGGCUCCCUGCUUUCAAUAAGUUUGUGCUCAUGAAAGCAGUGGAGCCCAAGAGUAAAGCUGAUGAAAACACUCCUCCAGGGAGUGAGGGCUCCGCCAUCAGUGGGGUGACAGAAAGUGGCCCAGCAACCCGUAUGCAGCUAAAUAAGCUGGUGACUUCGCUACCAAGCUGGGCACUGCUUAGCAACCACUUCAAGUCCACUGGCAGCUUCCCCUUCCCCUAUGUGCUAGAGCCCUUGGGAGCCUCACCCUCUGAGACAUCGAAGCUGCAGCAACUGGUAGAAAAGAUUGACCGACAAGGAGCUGUGGCAGUGGCCUCUACUGCCUCAGGAGCUCCCACCACCUCUGCCCCUAUACCUUCUUCCUCAGGUUCAUGUGGACCUAAUCAAUGUGUCAUCUGCCUCCGGGUACUGAGCUGUCCCCGGGCCCUACGCCUGCAUUAUGGCCAACAUGGAGGUGAGCGACCCUUCAAAUGCAAAGUGUGUGGGAGAGCUUUCUCCACAAGGGGCAAUCUACGUGCACAUUUCGUGGGUCACAAGGCCAGUCCAGCAGCCCGGGCCCAGAACUCCUGCCCCAUCUGCCAGAAGAAGUUCACCAAUGCUGUCAGUCUGCAGCAGCACGUUCGGAUGCACCUGGGGGGUCAGAUCCCCAAUGGUAGUACCACACUCUCUGAAGGUGGAGGAGCUGCCCAGGAGAAUGGCUCUGAGCAAUCUGUAGUCUCUGGGGCAGGGAGCUUUCCCCAGCAGCCGUCUCAGCAGCCAUUACCUGAAGAAGAGUUGUCUGAGGAAGAGGAGGAAGAUGAGGAAGAAGAGGAAGAUGUGACUGAUGAAGAUUCCCUGGCAGGGAGAGGUUCAGAGAGUGGAGGUGAGAAGGCAAUAUCAGUGCGAGGUGAUUCAGAAGAGGCAUCAGGGGCAGAGGAGGAAGUGGGGACAGUGGUAGCAACAGCCGCAGCUGGGAAGGAGAUGGACAAUAAUGAGAAAGCAACUCAACAGUCUUCUCUGCCACCACCACCACCACCUAACAGCCUGGAUCAGCCUCAGUCAAUGGAGCAGGGAAGUAGUGAUGUUUCAGGAGGCAAGGAAGAGGGGGGCAAACCGGAGAGGAGCUCAAGCCCAAAGUUAGCUCUCACCCCAGAAGGGGAGGGCACCAGCACCACCUUGGUGGAGGAGCUGAGCUUGCAGGAAGCAAUGAGAAAGGAGCCGGGAGAGAGCAGCAGCAGGAAGACCUGUGAAGUGUGUGGCCACUCCUUUCCCACCCAGGCAGCUCUGGAGGAGCAUCAGAAGACCCACCCCAAGGAAGGGCCACUCUUCACUUGUGUCUUCUGCAGACAGGGCUUUCUGGAGCGGGCUACCCUCAAGAAGCAUAUGCUGUUGGCUCACCACCAGGUACAGCCCUUUGCACCCCAUGGCCCUCAGAAUAUUGCUGCUCUUUCCUUGAUCCCUGGUUGUUCACCUUCCAUCACUUCCCCAGGGCUCUCCCCCUUUCCCCGGAAAGAUGACCCCACAAUUCCAUGAGCCUGUUUACCGUACCUGCUGCCCUUUGACCCAGGCAGCAGAAACUGAGAGCUCCACAGAAGGAACUCUUAAGAUUUAGGAGCCUUUAUUUUUGUCUUCUCCUCUGAGUUCUUCCAGCUGUGUCCCUAAUGGCUUUUCUCUAGUCCCUUCUUAGAGCUUGGAAAUUAUUAUGCUUACAAGGGGAUGGCCCCCUGAGGAAUUUGUCCCCUCUUCAUUCUGAGGAAAACAGACUCUCUACAGCUUUCACAUUCUCAAGGGGAACCCUCUUCAGUUUCCCUGGGGUGACCCUCCCUCUCCUCUUUCCUUCUCCCUUUCCCUUUGGCAGGUGCACCUGAGCACCCACAUUUGGAAUUGCAGCCCAGCCCAAAGGGGCUGGUAGCUGUCUCGGGGGGGGCACAGCACCACUCCUCUCUGGUGACCAGGUCAACCUGCAGGACUUCUUGUCCCAGGACCUUUCUACUCAGCUGGUGAGGGUAGGUCCCCUAUCUCUCUGGAACCAGUAUGUGGCUUUCCUGUCAAGUGGCCUGCCCACUAAACCCUGGAGUUCCAGCUCCACUUCCACUGUCACUUCAAGCUUGGCCUCACCAGUGCUGUUUAGCCCAGGAACUGUGGCUGGGAAGGUACCUCCAACAACAGAAUCCAGAGAGGCCAAGGGGAAGACAGCCCCCCUCCUCCUAUUUCAGCCUCCUGCCUCCUGCCUCUCAGCACCUGAGAAGCCCAUCAUAGACAAUAACAAAUUGUACAUUCCUUCUCCUGCCUCCUGCUCCAGAAGGUGCCAUCAGUGAAGAUGUUCCAGUAAUUGGUGGUUCACUCCUAGGAGGUAGAGAGAAAUGAAGGGCAUAGAACAAUUUUCCCAGCAAAUCCCUUGAUGGUCGCAUUAAGUACGGCAAAGAUGUUGGUUGGUCAGUAUGCCAAGACACCUCCAGCUUAGCAUGCAUCAUGGCCUCUUAAAGUUGAGAAACAAGCUGAUUUCUUGCCAAGAGGUCUCCAAUGGGAUAUUUUGGGAAACGUAAAGUUAGUUUUCCUAUCUUUUAAAUGAACAUUGUUGGUGAGGGUGCUUGAAGUAACGAGGGAGAGUUGAGGAAUGUUACUAAAGCAUAGAACUUGCUGGGAACCUAUGUGAUUAAGAAAGGGACCUGAUGGAAAGGAGGGGACCUCAAUUCUUGUGAAUGUGGAUAUUUUCAUGCAUAUUCUUUUGGGCUAAUAGUAACAUAGUGUGCAGCAGUGCACUAGAGAUCAUGGGAAUUUCCUAGCACUAGUGUGCUUCUAGUUUUAGAUAACUCCACCCAUUAUUCCCUGGUCCCUUGUACUUCCUCAUGUUCCUCUCUCAAGACCUCUUUCCUCCCCAUUUUGCCUAUCCCUGAGGUGGGGCUGGUGUUUUUACCACUGUCUGGUUCAUAGAGUCCCAGACUUUGGGGGAUGAGUUCCAGGUGGUAUCCUCCCUGCCUCGUAAUAAGAUGUAGUAUUUACUCUUAACAUAGGAUCAUUUGGAACAGGAGUUCUGAGGAGGAGAGAGUGAGGGUUUGCUGUUGACUAAUUUGAAUGAUGGUGUCUCCUCCAAAGUUGUAGGCUCCAGAGCUUCCUAACAUAAUUAACUGUUAAGAACAGACAGGGGAGAUAUUAGUGUCUUUCCCUCCAUCAUUAAAGGUGUUUUGACCAAA